CACCAACUUCUGCAUACACCUGCACCCUCAACAAGUCUCUGCAUUAAAACCCCUCCACCCAAUUCCAGCCAACUACCAUGCGCUUCGCCUCCAUUACCUUCAUUGCCUGCGCCGUCCUCAUCGCCUCGCCCGAUAUUGCCAUGGGCGCCCCUACUGGCACCAAGGGAUCGGCUGUUGGUUCCAAGGGAACAACAGGCAAGGCCAAGUCUGCUCCUGCUCCUGCUCCUGCUCCUGCUCCUGCUCCUGCAGCCAAGUCCAAGUCCAAGUCGGCCACCUCAACCAGCGCUGCACCUACCUCAGCCAACCUGACGCACGACAAGUGCCCAACCGGCGUCCUCUUCACUACCGAUCACUGCUGCUUCGAGGAGAACGGCCAGUACGUCCUGUCGCAGCAAUGGACCAAGGGGCUGGGCACCGAUGAUUACUUCACCAUGCACGGUCUGUGGCCAAACACCUGUGCGGGUAAAUUGACCCCUUCUGCCGGAUGCGAUAGUUCACGGGUGUACAAGAAAGUGGAGGCGCUGAUCAAGCCGCUGAAGCCUGCGCUGGUGACUGAUAUGACAAAGUACUGGCCGUCGAAGGGCAAGCCCAAUGAUGACUUCUGGGGCCAUGAGUGGUCGAAGCACGGUACCUGUGUGAGUACCCUGCGCCCGCAGUGCUACAAGUCGUACACCAAGGACCAGGACAUCGUCGACUACUUCACCAAUGCCAUGAACCUGCACAAGAAGUACGACUAUGCUGCUGCCCUGAAGAAGCACAGCAUUGUGCCGGACAACACGAACCUUAAGGCUAUCAACACUGAGCAUGGCGUCAACGUCGUGCUCAAGUGCAAGACUAACCCUGCCACCAAGGUCAGCGAGCUCAACGAGGUCUGGACCUACUUCAGUGUCCAGGACCUGAACACUUACAUUGCGACUCAGCCGGGUAGCAGCGACACAUGCCCCACGCAAUUCCUGUACUUUAAGAAGUAG